AAAAGGGGCAAGAAUAAUGCAAGUGUUCUUGCCUUUUCAACGCCGCUGUUGUGAGAUUAUUUUUUGGCGGGGGGUGAAUCACUGUUUACUCUGAAUCAUUUAAAUGAUGGGUUCGGGCCCAAUUAUGCCGGCGGCCAGCGGCUGUGGUGGGAUCGGCUGGUGGUGGGACGAUGGCGGUGGCGUUAAAAAGAGUAUUAAUAGCAGCCUUACUAAGAAUGGACAUCAUAAUAAUGGUGAAAGGGCGUGUGUCUUGUCGUCAGCUUUUGCGUAUUUCUUGUUUUGUUUUGUCGUUUUGGGGUCGAUUGGGAGCUUGUACGCAAGGUUCAUGGGCACGGCUAACGUGCGCGCGGGUAUAACGACGCUCGGGUGUCAGGAGGACAGUGAGGGUUCGUGGGCUAUAGGCAUUUUCUAUGGGGAUUCCCCCUUUACUCUCAAACCAAUUGAAGCUUGCUCGAUGAAUAUCUGGAAGAACCAAACUGCAGCAUGGCCUGUAGCCAAUCCAGUUGUCACUUGUGCAUCACUUUCCAAUGCUGGGUUCCCCAGCAACUUUGUUGCAGACCCAUUUCUUUAUGUAAAGGAUGAUAUCCUGUACCUGUUCUUCGAAACAAAAAAUACAAUCACAAUGCAAGGCGACAUUGGAGUUGCUCUAAGUGUAGACAAGGGAGCCACAUGGCAGCAGUUGGGCAUCGCCCUUGAUGAAGAUUGGCACCUCUCCUAUCCUUAUAUCUUCGAUUANUAUGAUUCCCGAGGGAAGUGCUAAAGGUGAUCUCCGCCUGUACCGUGCAAUCAACUUCCCCCUCAAAUGGACAUUGCAUAAAAUCAUCAUGAAAAGGCCACUCGUCGACUCUUUCAUGAUCCCUCACGAGGGCAAAUUCUGGCUUUUUGGCUCCGACCACACUCAAAUCGGCGCCCGCAAGAACGGACAUCUCGAAAUCUGGCACAGCCACUCCCCUUUCGGCCCCUGGAGACCCCACAAGAAAAACCCCGUUUACAACACACGCCACAGAACAGGAGCCCGAAACGGAGGCAGGCCUUUUGUAUUCAACGGCAGUCUUUACAGAGUCGGUCAAGACUGCGGUCAAACAUACGGUCACCAUAUUCGCAUCUUCAAAGUUUUAACCCUCACAACUGACGAGUUCAGAGAGGCCGAGGUCCCGUCAGGCCUCGAUUUUCCCGCUAAAGGACAAAAAAAAUGGAAUAUGGCCCGGGCCCACCACCUCGACGUGCUGCAGCUUGGGUCCAGUGGAUGGGUUGCAGUGCUCGAUGGGGACCGGGUCAUGUCGGGCGACCCGACCCGCCGAUUCGUGCUCGGGUCAUUCUUGGCUGUUACCGUUUUUGCUACUGCAAUCCUAUUCGUGGCUGUUAUUGGAAAGAGAAGUGAUAACAGUAGUAAUAGUACUCUUCGGCCGAACAGGGCAAGGUCGAGGCUGAGACUGAGAACCUGCUGCACGGGUAUUUUCGUGCUGAUUAUUAUUCUAGCGGCCGUGAUGCUGACGUGUACCGCAGGCACACGCUUCUACGGUGGGAGUGACACGGAGGAACCGUACCCGUUUGGCGGAGACUACUCACAGUUCACGCUAGUGAUGGUGAUGUCAUCGUACCUGUCGAACGUGAAAAUGCACGUGAGGCGCUACUCGAGGUGUGGCUCAGUGCGUGAAAUUGUUAUAGUGUGUGACAAAGGGGGUGAGGUUUGGGCAAGCGAUUUUGACUCGGCCGUGCCUAUUAGGGUAAGAAUUGACGAGGGGCUGAACGGGUCAGACCCAUUGUUGGAAACUCGGGCAGUUCUCGAGCUCGACGAUGAUGUCAUGAUGACGUGUGAUGACGUCGAGCGGGGAUUUCGGGUGUGGCGUGAGCAUCCGGAUAAGAUGGUAGGGUUGUACGUGUACCCAAGGAGAGAUAAUGCGAUCUUGAUGGGGGCAGCUUUUGUGGACCGGUCGGUUCUUGGGAGGUAUUGGGGUGAGGAGUAUUUUGACUGUGAGGAUUUGCUGAUGUAUGAUGACGUGUCGGGCGGAAGGGGACUGGUGGAGUACGUAAGGCGGCCCCCAUGGGUGGUGGUGGACGCAUACAAGAUAUUUGGGAUGGGAAUCACAAGGAACAAGUGUUUGACCAAAUUUGACGGUAUUUAUGGGAGUUUGAGUGGUAGGAAAGUGAAGUUUGGGAUAAGGAGGACCGAUGGGUGGAAUGUAUAGCGGUGACAGAGUUUCUUCACAACAUCCGACACGAAGAAAGAGUGUAUU